AGCAGCCCGCGGCGCGGCGCACGCUCCGGCGGCUCCCGGCUUGCGCGCAAAACUUCCACCCGGACGGCGCCGGGCAGCAGCUGCCCUAGAGAAGGGACCAGGCUGCGGGGACCUGCGGAGGGACGCCCGGCGCGCGCGCUUUCUCUUUUCUUCUGCCUUCCCCACCGCUCGGCUGCCGGGACUUUUGGCUCCUCUCCUUUCCUCCUCCCCCCUCGCAGACGGCUCCCCCACCCCGCCCUGUUUCUCCCCCACUUGUGUAAGCUAUUUGUUGGGGGUGGCCGAAAGGGAUGUCCUGUUUUCACCAGAGACACAGCGCGAAGGGAAAACUUCGACACUGGAAGGAACGAGAGUAAAUACCCAGAUCGGACCCGCGGAUUACGGGCUGGGACAGACAAUUGAGCUUCAGGAGCCCAAGGCGGUCCAGGCCGCCAGAGAUCUUCAGCUUUGAAUUAAAGGAAGCUGCUUCUACGUGGGCGUGGCAAGAGCAGCGAGAGAACCACAUGGACGACACCCAGGACCUAAAUGAGCAAUCAGUAAAGAAAACGUGCCCAGAAUCCGAUGUUUCAGAACCCCAGAAUUCCAGAAGCAUUGAUCUUUGCAAGCGAGAGAUGAAUACCUGUGCAAACUCAAGAUUCUUCAGGUCUAUGGAAAUGCAAGACCUAGCGAGUCCCCAUGCCUUGGUAGGAGGCAGUGAUACACAUGUGGGCUCUAAACUGGAUAAAUCCAGUCUCAGCAGCACGUCAGUCACAACAAAUGGGACAGGAGGGGACAACAUGACUGUUUUAAACACAGCAGACUGGCUGCUGAGUUGCAACACCCCCUCUUCCGCAACAAUGUCUCUUCUUGCAGUCAAAACAGAGCCCUUGAACAGCAAUGAAACCACAACCACGACUGGAGAUGGAGCGCUUGACACUUUUACUGGGUCAGUAAUAACGAGUAGCGGUUACAGCCCCAGAUCAGCACACCAGUAUUCCCCACAGCUGUAUCCCUCCAAGCCCUAUCCACACAUUCUUUCUACACCAGCAGCUCAAACGAUGUCGGCCUAUGCAGGCCAGACUCAGUAUUCGGGGAUGCAGCAGCCAGCAGUCUACACAGCCUAUUCACAGACAGGACAGACCUACAGCCUGCCUGCUUAUGAUCUUGGUGUGAUGUUGCCAGCCAUCAAGACAGAAAGUGGGCUUUCCCAAACUCAGUCUCCUUUACAGAGUGGCUGCCUCAGUUACAGCCCUGGGUUUUCUGCCCCACAACCGGGCCAGACACCUUACUCUUACCAAAUGCCAGGCUCCAGUUUCACACCAUCAUCUACCAUUUAUGCAAAUAAUUCCGUUUCCAAUUCAACAAAUUUCAGUGGCUCCCAACAGGAUUACCCAUCCUACACAGCCUUUGGCCAAAACCAAUAUGCUCAGUAUUACUCGGCAUCCACCUAUGGGGCGUAUAUGACAUCAAACAACACAGCCGAUGGCACAUCAUCGUCAGCCUCAACUUACCAGCUGCAGGAAGCUCUCCCAGGUCUGACUAGCCAGCCAGGAGAGUUUGAUACGGUGCAGAGCCCCUCCACACCAAUCAAAGACCUUGAUGACAGAACGUGCAGAAGUUCUGGGUCAAAGUCUCGAGGAAGAGGCCGAAAAAACAACCCCUCACCACCUCCGGACAGUGACCUGGAGCGUGUGUUCGUCUGGGACUUGGAUGAAACCAUCAUUGUCUUCCACUCUCUCCUCACCGGCUCUUACGCACAGAAGUAUGGCAAGGAUCCCCCAAUGGCUGUGACCCUCGGGCUCCGAAUGGAGGAAAUGAUCUUUAAUCUUGCUGAUACGCAUUUGUUUUUUAAUGACUUAGAGGAGUGUGAUCAAGUUCACAUAGAUGAUGUUUCCUCAGAUGACAACGGUCAGGACUUAAGUACCUACAGUUUUGCAACUGAUGGCUUCCAUGCAGCUGCAAGUAGUGCGAACCUUUGUUUGCCAACAGGUGUGAGAGGAGGAGUGGACUGGAUGAGGAAGUUGGCUUUUCGCUACAGAAGAGUAAAGGAAUUAUAUAACACAUACAAGAACAAUGUCGGAGGACUCCUUGGCCCUGCCAAGCGGGAUGCGUGGCUGCAAUUAAGGGCAGAGAUCGAAGGCCUAACAGAUUCCUGGCUAACGAAUGCACUUAAGUCUUUAUCCAUUAUUAGUACUAGGAGUAACUGUGUAAACGUCUUGGUAACGACGACACAGCUGAUACCGGCCCUGGCGAAGAUCCUGCUCUACAGCCUAGGAGGUGCUUUUCCCAUUGAGAACAUUUACAGUGCUACGAAAAUAGGAAAAGAAAGUUGCUUUGAACGAAUAAUGCAAAGGUUUGGCAGAAAAGUAGUAUAUGUUGUAAUUGGGGAUGGUGUAGAAGAAGAGCAGGCAGCGAAAAAGCACAACAUGCCCUUUUGGAGGAUAUCAAGCCACUCGGACCUCUUGGCUCUACAUCAAGCACUGGAAUUAGAGUAUUUGUAACUGUAUUCUCUAGCUGGGGAUCCAUUUUUUUUUUUUUAUAUUUCAAGUACACUGAAUUUUUAUGUGUGAUCCAAUGCCGCUGGCUUCUUCGCCACAUAUAAAUGGUCUUAAAGGAUGAAAUCAUACUUGGAAUGAGAACUCCAGAGUGAAGAAUUCAGGUUGCUGAAUGGAAUUAAACUUUAGUGCUGCAGAAAGGAAACUCUAUGGUCUUAUUAUCUUUACAAUAUUUUCAUGGUUUUAAAAAAAUCUGUGGAGGUUGCUGACAGCCACCAAAUGAGUCCUAACUGGAAUUAACAGCUUUAGUAAAGAACUCGAGCCCUCCAGACCACAGCACCUGUUCUGCCUCUGACAAGGUGGUCGAAAACAUUCCUCAAAAUGAGAGCUCUUCUCACCCCUGAGGUUUGAAUCUGACUUUUAGCCUACCUAGCCCAGAAAAUCUGAAUCUGAAUGCACUCAGACUGUAUACUGACAGUCCUAUCUAGACCUGUAAUUUGUGUAAAUUAUUGAUGGAAAUAAUUUACUGUGACUAUAUUAGCAGCUGACUCUGAAAGUGGAUGCAAUUGUUCUUUUCUUUGUUGGGGCGGGAAGAGGGCCAGGGAAAU